GGUCUCGCGGCCUAGCCACUCUCUUUACGAGCGCGGGACGCUUUCGAAGGCUCUUUGUCAUCCGACCGACUUCCCCACAGUUCUUCUGGGUCGCUUGGUUUUUCUUGCGAACGAAUGUUGAACCCCAUUGUCCGAAAUUGCUGAACGAGAAGGUUGCCCAGGAUGAGUAUGGUCAAUAUCGUCAACGUUCAGAUCAUGAACAACCCUUGUUCGUUCUUUGAUCCGUUUCAAAUCGAAAUUACCUUUGAGGUUAUAAGCGAGUUACAAGAAGAUUUGGAGUUUAAGAUUGUGUAUGUAGGAUCUGCCCAGAGCGAAGACCAUGACCAGACGCUAGAAUCCGUCAUGGUAGGGCCUGUGCCUGUCGGGGCGAGCAAAUUCUUACUCGAGGUUAGUGCCGAUGCACCAGCCCCAGACCCGAGCAAGAUCCCGAGUACCGAUAUCGUAGGGGUGACUGUGCUUCUCCUGAUGUGCUCCUAUCGUGACCGCGAAUUCGUCCGAGUGGGGUACUACGUCAACAACGACUACACGGAUGAGCAGAUGAGGGAGGAGCCGCCGGAGGAGGUUCAACUGGAUAAACUGCAGCGUGCGAUUCUGGCGGAUAAACCGAGGGUGACGAGAUUCUCUAUUCCUUGGGACAACGACGAGAAAGCCGCCGCAGCAGCCGCCGCCCAACAAGGCAUGUCCUCAACCCUCGAAAACGACGAAAACGCAAUGUCCAUGGACACGGACCUCAACUCCCACAACACAUCGAUGGCCGCUCCCUCCGCGAACCCGUCUAGCUUGGGGUCACCGGAAAAAACCAUGGGCAACGUGGCUGCUGGUGCGGGUAUACCCCAGGCGCCGCCAGUGACGAUGAUGCAGGAGGCUGCGUGAGUCUGAGUUUGGUUCGGCGUCGAUGAAGGGUGAAUGGGCUUCAGGGGGAUAUCCGAAACAAUGGAGGGCCGGGCGUACAAAGGGUGAUAGUUGUGGGUCUGUGUUGUAUAUAUGGUGGCAUAGUGUUUGAAUGAAGCUGCUGGUGCCCUUCGGCUGCUAGCGACUGAACAAGCGGGAUGUGUUUUACCUUGUCAUUGUCGUUAUUGUUGGCAUGCAGCUUUCUGAAUUCUCUUUUAUCUAUACCCUAUCGGAUGCACAUCAAAAAUGAAAAAAAAACAUUGUAAAAA